AUGAGGUGGGCCCUCUUGAGCUUGGUGUUCCACCUGGCCAUCUCGGUCGACAAUGCCUUCGAGGCUGUUCCAAAUAACCUUUUAAUAGCCGCACCUCAAGAGCACAAGGAACGGAUGGGGCAAGAUGAAAAACAUGACAAAGAAGAAUGGGCUGAAUUCAAGAAUACAACCAAAAAUGGGUGGGGAAAGAUGAAGAAUAUGACACAAGAAGAAUGGGCUAAACUGAAAAACACAACCAGCAAUGGCUGGGCAAAGCUCAAGAAUGGGACGAAGAAUGGAUGGGAUAAAAUGAAAAACAUGACUCAAAAUGGGAUGGACAAGACGAAGAAUUUUACAAAUAUUGCCAUGAACUGGACGAAGACGGAGUUAGGGGAGUGGAAGAAUGAUACCAAGGAAGGAUGGGCAAAUCUGAAGAAUUUGACAAAAGAAGGGUGGGACAAAUUGGCAAAUUCGACAAAGAACGGGAUAGCCCAACUGACAAAUGCGACACAGGCUGGAUGGGCUAAUGCGAAGAAUUUGACAAUGAUCAGCUGGGAUAUGGUGCAAGGAAAGAUUGAAGCGAUGAAGCAGGAGAGUAGAAAGGAUCACGAGUUGUGGAUCAAUUUGGUGAAUGAUAGCAUUGUUGAAACGGAUGAAAAAACGAUGAAUCCUAGCGCGCCGGAAAUAUUGGUAGAUCCAACACCCCAACAGCAACAACAACAAUUACCAAUGAUGAAAAUUGAUAAUUUCUGGGAGCACGGCCCGGCGGAAAAUGUUCAAAGACAGGUCGUACAGGCUUCAGUUCAAAAAGAAACAACGGUGGGCUUAGGGCAAGCCGAACCAUUCGGCGAAUUUGUUUCUAAUCAAUUCCAACAGACCCUCGCCCAUAUGAAUCAGCAAAACCAAACGGCACGCAAACGACGAGCCGACGAAAUCUUUGCCCAAUUGGCCUCCGAAGCACAAACUAACAUCGAGAAGCUGACCCAGGGCAAUGAUAACCAAAUUUUUGGCAAUCUCGGAGUGAAAGUCAAUGAAAAUGGGGCAAAUGUGAUGGAAAAUGGCAUGGAAGAUCUUGAUCCAGCCCUCAUCCAGAAUAUGUUCGAUGCGGCAAAAUCAUUGAGCUCUGCCUUGCUCAACUUCACCCAGACCAAUCUCACUGAAAUGCUGAGAUCGAACGAUUCAAAGAAUUUCUCAAAAGCUGAGAUCCAGGAAAUGCUUACCGCCACCCAACAGUCAUUUCAGCAAAUUAAUCAAUUAGUUGAGAAGACGAUUAGUAUGAAUAACGAAAAUGCCGGGCAAGUGAUGAAGGAUAUUCCAAAUGAGAGCGUUGGGCUUGGAAAUGUGACGACGAGUAUGGAAAGUGCUAUUAGUGAUGCUCAAGCAGCGCUGAAUGUCGACAACCCAAGCAAGCUCCAGGAAGCCAUCGACCGCGCAAACGAUGCGAUCCAGAAACAACUUGACGCUCUCAAUUCCGUUACAAUUGCGACCCAGAUGACCAUGGCACCAUCCGUUGCCGGCUCGGUCGUUACCGAAAAAACCUCGACGCUCUCACCGGCUAGUCUGAGCCCGGAUUCAGUCGUUCUCAUCUCCUCAACGGAGGUUAUUGUGAUUGGCCCAGCCUUCACAACGACUGAGCCCGCCUCUGUUGCGGCUUCUGCAGCCACUACCGCUCCUUCAUCUGCUGCAGUUUCCGUCGCUGGUUCUUCUUCUUCCAUGGCCUCAGGAGUUCCCUCGUUGGCGACGACUGGAACGUCGACUGCAGUCAAUAUGUCCAGCGUCGUCUCGAUGGCUUCCUCAGCAGGAGUCUCGGGUUCCACAGUCUCUGCAGUUGUGGAUAACGCUACAUCAUCCACUACCACCGCAGUGUCUAUGACUUCUGCCGCUUCACGGGGGGCAAGCGUCGCGACCACCAUAGGCGCUGCUCUCGCUGAUAAUUCCACGACCACCGUACCGGCUGCGGUUAAUAUUACCGUGCUCACCGAGGCCGCAUCCACGCUGCCAGCCCUGACCCGCGACCCUGGAGAGCUGGUGCCAAUUCCAGACUUUGCAAAAUACAAUGGUUGUGUAAUUCACCAGGUCGAUCCACACUCGAAAGUCAGCAACUCGGCAUACCAGGAAGUGGGCAAAACGCAAGAUUGUGAAGCGCUUUGCAAAGCGGAAACAAUGUUCCAAUGCCAGGCUUAUACAUGGGCUGGCAAGCUCUAUGAUAUUCUGCUU